UUCGUUAAGAAGCUUCUGUCUCUGAAAGUCAGGUGUGAAAUGUAUAGCCACAUGUAAAACUCUCCGUGUCCAUGUGAUUUUGUUCAUUGAUUCUACUUUUUGUAAAAGAAGUCUGUUCACAUCCCAUUCCUCUAGAUAAAAACUCUAGAAACCAAAAGUUUCAGUAAGAAAUUCCAUUCCAAGAUCUAGUGCCAGAUUUCCUUCCUUACUAGGUUAGAUUUUCAUUUCCCCCAGGGUUUCCUUGUUCAGAGAUGUUCUUUGCUGCCCCUUGAAUGCUCUGAAAUUUCUUUUCUUUUCUCCAAUUUUCUGCCUUCUUCGUUGAUCAGAUCUAUGUGUGUUUGUUAGGGUUUGUUUUUGUUCAAAGUUGUUAGCUUUGUUGCUGGGUAUUUAGGGUUUUGUUUGUUCCUUCUCUUAUCUCAAUUUUCAGCGUCAUUACUGGUUGGGGUUUGUUUUGUAUAAUUCUGCUAUGGAUAAGGAUAAAUCUACAAACCACGGUGGAGGCUUACCACCUCCCUCAGGUCGUUUCUCGGGUUUUUCUUCGAGCGGGAAUCCGAGCACUUUCAAUGUGAAAACUGAGCCGGCUUCAUUGGCAGUCUGUUUUCCAAUGGCGGGUUCUAGUUCUGAAGCUGGACAUUUCUCCCACGGGGCGGAUUCUAAAAGGUUAAGCCAUGAUAUUAGCAAAAUGCCCGACAACCCACCCAAGAAUAUCGGUCAUCGCCGUGCUCAUUCCGAAAUACUCACUCUGCCGGAUGAUAUUAGCUUUGAUAGUGAGCUUGGGGUCUAGAAUUUUCAUCUUCUGCAGCUAUUAAAGGUGCAUUUGUCGUAUUUUACAUGGAUCCCUCUGAUUUGGACACCGUGAUUUGUGUGACUGCUACAUGAUCAUAGUUCAAGGUGCAAAAAAUGUCAUCAAUGCUUGCCGAGAAUGCAAAGUUAGACGACUUGUGUAUAACAGUUCUGCAGAUGUUGUCUUUGAUGGUUCACAGGAUAUACAUAAUGGUGAUGAAUCUUUAACAUGCCCUUGGAAAUUUCAGGAUAAGAUGAUUGACCUUAAAGCUCAAGCAGAAGCAUCGAUUGUGUUUGCCAACAAUAUUGAUUGUCUUUUAACAUGUGCACUUCGUCCUAGUAAUGUCUUUGGUCGUGGCAAUGCACAGCUUGUAUCUCUCUUAGUAAAUUUUGCAAAAUGCGGUUUGGCAAAGUUCAUUAUAGGAAGUGGUGAAAAUAUGUCUGACUUCACCUUUUCUGAGAAUGUUGCCCAUGCUCAUAUCUGUGCAGCAGAAGCUCUAGAUUCCUGGUUAGUCUCUGUGGCUGGAUAGGUCUUUUUCAUCACAAAUCUUGAACCUAUGCUGUUCUGGGAAUUUGUGUCUCUCAUACUUGAAGGCUUGGGAUUUCAAAGACCAUUCAUAAAAGUUCCUACCAGGAUAUUUUGGUACAUUCUUUUGGUUGUCAAAUGGAUGAAGGAAAAGUUGCACUUUAAAAAUCGUGGUGAUUCUACAUCAGCUCAUUACUUAGUUCAACUAGCCUCUCGCACCAGAACUUUUGACUGCACUGCAGCUAAAAGGCAUAUUGGAUACUCACAAGUUGUUUCCUUAGAAGAAGGUAUUACAUGAGAAGAAGGGCUUAAUUGCUUUGAUCCCAGAGUUCAAGGGUUUAACUGCAUCAAUUAAAGUUUAGGGGCUUAAUAGCGAUUCUGAGGUUAGUUCAGGGCUUAACUUAUGGUUUUGCCUUUAUUAUAUCCAAAAGAUUGGCAACAUGUUUACGAUCCUAUUUCCCUUGGAUUAGGUUUUUCAACAGCAUUUUAAGUGUGAUUAAUGACAAUUUAAC